UGGUAAACCGUCGACUUACCUGUGUGAGUGGACAAACUGAAGCUCAGCUCUCCGUCAACACAGCGCCUGCCCCUCUCUCCUCGCUCUCCCCCUCACAGCGCCGCUGCUAUAACGUUAGUAUGUGGCUUGUGUUGAGGGGCCGGCGGUACAAGGACCCGUUUGUUCGCUUCAUUUUCUGAGGAGCACAGGGCUGCGCAGACAGACCACUCACUCACACUUCUUCAAGGUGAAGCGUCAGCUGAAUGCGGGCCCUGUGUGCGCUGCUGUGCCUCAGCCUGGCGGGGGCGCUGCAGCCCGGCGACCAGGUGGCCCAGCAUGUCAUCAAGCUGCACCGCGGCCGGGGGGCAGCUGCUGCCCAUGGCCACCAAUGGGUGGCGGAGAACUGCCGCCGCCUCUCGGGCCUCCUGCGACAGAAGAGCGCUGCUGUGAGGAAGCUGGAGGCAGCAGCAGUGGCAGUGAGGCGGGACAUGUCACUGUCGGAUGCUGAGAGGCUUUUCCAGGUGCACACGCUGGAGGUGUUCCAGAAGGAGCUGAAUGAGAGUGAGCGGUCCGUGUUCCAGGCCGUACUGGGCCUUCAGCGGGUGCUGAAAGGUGAUUUCAGGGACGUGGUGAACAUGAAGGAAAGCAGCCGUCAGAGACUGGAAGCGCUCAGAGAGGCUGCCAUCAAGGAGGAGAAGGAGUACGUGGAGCUGGUUGCGGCUGAGAAACACCAGCAGGAGGCUCUGAAGGUGGUGCAAGACCGCAACAAGACCCUCUCAAUGCUGGACGAGAUUCUGGAGGACGUAAGGAAGGCCGCUGACCGCCUGGAGGAGGAGAUUGAAGACCACGUCUUUGACAACAACAAACAGAUGAAGGGGGUUAAUGUGGAGGCUGUCCUGAGGGUCGAGGAGGAUGAGGAGGACAAUAAGAGGAAGAACGUAUCGCGGCAAGUGGUCGAGAGUGAUCUGGGACUGAGCAUGCUCAUUGACUCCCAGAACAACCAGUAUGUACUGACUAAACCCCGAGACUCAACUAUUCCUCGUGCUGACCAUCACUUCAUCAAGGACCUGGUGUCAGUGGUCAUGCUCUCUCUGCCCUGUGGCUGGCUGUGCACUUUAAUGGGACUGCCUCCUAUGUUUGGAUACAUAGUUUGUGGGGUUCUUCUAGGUCCUUCAGGGCUUAAUAGCAUUCAGUCCAUGGUUCAGGUGGAGACGCUGGGGGAGCUGGGUGUGUUCUUCACUCUUUUUGUGGUUGGCCUUGAGUUCUCUCCUGAACGACUCCACAAGGUCUGGAAAAUCUCUGUUCAAGGCUCCAGCUGCCUUAGCCUCCUGAUGGUGGGGGCGGGGCUUGUAUGGGGACAGAUGUUUAGGCUCCACCCCAUUCAGACAGUCUUCAUUUCCAGCUGCUUGUCACUGUCCAGCACUCCUCUGGUGUCACGAUUCCUCUCAGUUGGGAACAGGGGGGACAAGGACGGUGAACUGGACUACAGCAGUGUUCUUUUGGGAAUGCUGGUAAUGCAGGAUGUUCAGCUGGGUCUGUUUAUUGCCAUCAUGCCAACCCUCAUUCAAGUUGGGAAUGGAGACGUGGACAGUGCACUGAUUGGAGGUUUGCGUGCUCUGGUGCUUCUGGCUCAGGUUUUGGUCUCCUUUGCUGUCGUGCUGCUGCUCUGCUGGCUCCUGAGGUCUCAUCUGAUUGGUCCAUUCUACAGAAAGCUACAUGCCGAGAGCAAAGGGAACAAAGAGAUACUUGUGCUGGGGACCACAGCGUUUGUGUUCUUAAUGCUGACAGUGACAGAAUUCCUGCAUGUUUCCAUGGAGCUCGGCUGUUUCCUUGCUGGAGCCCUCCUCUCCUCACAGGGUCACAUGGUCACAGGGGAGAUCAUGAGUUGUGUCGAGCCAAUCAGGGACUUCUUAGCGAUUAUCUUCUUUGCAUCUAUUGGGCUCCAUGUGUUUCCAACGUUUGUCCUAUACGAACUGACUAUCCUUCUGGUUCUAACUUUAUCACUGGUGAUCAUGAAGUUUGUUAUGGCAGUGCUGGUGCUGUCUGCCAUCCUUCCCCUCGGCUCCCGCCACAUCCGCUGGCUGGUAUCGGCUGGGUUGGCGCAAGUCAGCGAGUUCUCCUUUGUCCUGGGCAGCCGUGCUCGCCGGGCUGGCAUCAUCUCCAGAGAGGUUUAUCUGUUGGUUCUCAGUGUCACCACGUUAAGUCUGCUGCUAGCGCCGGUGUUAUGGAGAGCUGCCACUCUCAGAUACGUUCCUCGGAUCGAGAGAAAAACGUCCACCUGACCCGCACUGGAUACGAAGGAGAUCGCUCUCUUCUCAGCAUUGAAACGGCACACUACAAAAGGGCUGAAAGCAAGAAGCCUUUUGGUUUUUGACGCACAGAAAGUGUUUGCACAGAAUGUAGUCCUGCUCCUCUGGAAUAAGGCAACUCUGAUGGUGACCACAGUGACCACAGAGUUUCAAACAGAGCGCACAGAGGAAAGGGAGGAUUUUUACAAUGCUUUAUGAAUCGUCACCAAUACUGUACAAAGAUCUGUAUUUACUCCUGUAGAUUUACAACCUGUUCUGCUCAUAUGAGGAAGCACCUAAAUGUGCCUUGAAAUCAGCUGAUGUCAACAGAUUUACCAAAUAACUUGGCUGAAAUCAUGCAAAGUGUGUACAUUAACAUCCGUGAUGAAUUACAUACCUGUUGAUUCAGUUUGUCCAGCCUUUGAAAUCUUUAUUGUUUUUUUUUUUCCAUGUGUAGGUGUUUGUAUAUUCUUGAAGACUGUUAUAAAGAUCAGCUUAACUGGAAGAACUGGAAGUUAACUUAAAGGAGUUUGGUGGUAACAGCAAAUGCAUUCCAAUCAUUUUAUGGUGAU